AUGACAGACGAGAUACAAUGGUCGGAAGAAGAAGAAGACGUUCUCUACGAUUUCCUCGUUGAAAAGUGUCAAAACACACGAAUUCGAUUUGAUAUCGAUCAGUUAUGCGAAGAGUUUAGAAGAGCCAAUGAAACGAAUAAAACUCCGGAAUCUGUGAGAACAAAAGUUCUUGAGUUCCGGGUGGAAAUGCUCAUGUCUGACGAAUACGAAACAGAGACAAAGAUCAAAAUGAUGUUCGGAUUGAAAGCGAGAAUUGGAACGGAGCUGUUGGAAGAACUUCGUAAAGAUGCAAUUGUCAAAUUGAAUGGAAACAAACGAAUCGUUUAUUACCAGGAGAAAAUACGGGGAGGAUUGAAGUUGGAUGCCUAUGAGAACGAAAACGACCCGGCGACUAUUUUCAGAACGGACAAUCAGAUGCUUCGUCUGAUUGAAAAGUUAUCGAGUUCAAUGGAAAAGACUAUCAGUGGCGACUUAUUUAUCUCUAAAUAUCGAGAAUCAACGGGUUCAAAAGAGUCAUGUUUCUUCCUAACUGAAAGAUAUCGAAUCGUGAGAAGUCGAAUUUUCGAGUCUUCUGAAUUCGAUUUGGAAAAGAAAGUCAGAUUGAUGUACUUUACGAAUACGAGGAUUAAGGAGGAUGUGUUGGCUGAACUUCGAAAAGAAGCCGUUGUGGUUUUGCAUAAGAAUGGAUAUAUCAGAAGUUAUGUGGCUCGAGAUGGCAGUCUCGAAUUGAUGGAUAAGAAGGCAGGUAACCGCGGAUGGAGCGAAGAAGACGAAGCAGAUUUAAUCAAAUUCUGUCUUGAGAAAUGUCAGAAUGUGCAAUUUCCAAUCGAUGAACUGAAAAUCAACGAAUUAACGAAUUUGGAUGUGGAGACACGUGUCAAGAUGAUGUUCGCAUUGAAGAUCAAAAUUGGAGAUGAUCUUCUCCAGGAACUCUGUGAGAAUGCAGAUGUCAAGUUGAAUUCAUACAGACACAUCGAGAGAUACACAUCACAUGAUGGGAGACUGAAGUUGACAAAUGACCGCAAAGCAUGGAGUGAAAAAGAAGAGAGCGACUUGUUGAAGUAUCUUGUGGAUAACUGUCAUCGUGUGAAAUUACGAUACGAUAUGUGGAACUUUUGUGAGGAUUAUAAGCAAUCGAGUGGAACACAUCGGACAGUGAGCUUUUUGAAUAAUAGAAUGGAACAGUUACGUCCAAAAAUCAACAAUUCAACAGAGUUGGAUUUGGAGACAAAAGCUCAAUUGUUGUUUGGAUUGGGAGCUAUGAUUAGGGAGGAUCUUCUCAUUGAAUUCCGAAAGAAUGCAAAAGUGGAAGUAGACGGUCAUAAAAAGAUGAUAAUGUAUAGAUCUAAUGACGGAAAAUUAAAACUUCCCAGAGUGGACGAUGGGAUCCAGGAAUCAGAUGAAGAUGUUCUUCAGAAUGAUGAUUCGAUUGGAAGAGUGACACGAAGAAGUGUCAAUCAGAAGAGAAUUGUUGUUAAGAAGGAAAUAAAAGUAGAAACUGGGCAUACUCUUCCAAUGAGUGUCGAAUCAGAUACGGAUCAGUUUCCGAUGGGAAAUGUUCAUGUUACUCCAAUUUCUAUCAAACAAGAAGUAUAUCAUUCUCAAAAUCCAGCAACUUCAACUCCAACAAUGACAUCAAAUAAUGUACCGAAUGCAUCUGAAAAUCGGGGAGAAGGAGGCGCUCGUGAAACUAUUCUCAAAAGUUUUUCUCGUGACGUCAGUGAGCGAUCAUCUAGAAAUAAUUCUGAGGAGAAUUCAAUAUCUGAUCACACAUACGCUUCCCCAUAUCCAGAUCUUGCUUUUGAUCCGAUUCCACCAGUUGAUGAUUUCAAUGAUUUCACACACUCGGCAUUGGAUGACCAAUAUAUUCAAGGAGAUUCGAAUGACGAUGAUGAUGAGAAGAGACGCAGAAGAGAGUCAGCCGAUAAGAAAAUCGAAAAAAAUCUAGAAGAGAUACGAAUGAAAUCGGUGUUGCGUAGAGAGGAAUCUGUUGAAUCUGACGAAGAGAUUGAUGUGGAAACCAUUGGAAAUAGUGAUUCUAGUAAUGAGAAUCCAAUAGAGGAGGAGGAGACACCAAAUAGUUCAAAUAGUAUUUCUGUGAUGGAGACACUACCAAUCAGAGAAUCGAUGAAGUCUGGAAAUUCGGUUGUCCAGUCAGUUACAAGAGAGAGUGUAGUUCAAAUGGGAGCUAAGGAGGAAACACCAGAUAGUUCUAGUAUUGCUGGGAUGGUGAUUCCGAGCGGAAAUCUGGCUCCGCCAAUCAGAAAAUUGAUAAAGAAUACUCGAAGUGUCUCAGUUCCGCCACGAUAUUUUAUUGCCCAGUCAGUUACAGCUGCUAUUAAUCAGACAACUUCUGAGCAUAACACCACUGGAAAUGGCUGUACUCUGGCACCCGAAGAAUCUGGAAAUCAAGUGAUUACACGGGGAGAAAAAAGAAAGAAUAACGAAGAAGGAGAAGAACCAUCGAAAAGAACCAAAAUGGAGAAUUCUGGAGAGAUUCAGAAUACACUUCCAGAAGCUUCGUCUCCAGGAAAUCAAUCUUCAUCAAUCGAAUCAAUUGACUCUCGCCAGAUCCUCGAAUGGAUGAAAGCGUUCAUUCGAACCCUUCGCUCAACUACUCUCAUUCAAUUCAUCUCGGAAAUUGACACAGCAAUUCAAGAGUUGACUCAUCAGAAUAUCCCAUCCGCUGACGUCAUCCAGUUGCUCGAAGCGGGUCUUCUUCUCAUCAAAAGUGGAUCCAAAUCCACGUCAUCUCAAGAAGAAUCGAUGGAUCUCAAGGACUUUUUGAAGAAUCUCAGCGAUAGUUUCUUCUAUCUCAACUCACCUGGAUUCGAUGAUUUCCAGAAGAAAAUUGAUGGAAUUAUAGGCGGAAUAAGUGGAGAAAACAAGGUUGUCCCAAUGAGAAAGAUUCUUCGUGCACUUCAACAGAUUCUAGAGUUCGUCAGCCCAUAA